GAACGGGGGCUCGGAGCGGGCCGAUGGCGUUCAGCGCCUGGCAGAUCCUCUCGCCGGUGCAGUGGGCCCGCUGGACCUGGUCCGCGGUGCGGGGCGGCGGCAGCCCCGACGGGGAGGAGGAGGAGGAGGAGGAGGAGGAAGAGGACCCGGCCCUCGGCUUCAGCUCGGACUCCAAAGAUAGUUUUGAGACCCCUGAAGCAGGGACGCCGACCAGCGCGCUGCUAAAGGAGCCGCCGCUGGAGCCCGAAGCCGGGACCCGGGAGCCAAGUGGCCAUGGUGACCUGCUGGUAGGGGAGGUCCAUGGGGACAGCUCGCCAGGGAAGCAUCCCAAAGAUGAGGCUCGCGCGGAGAUCGCAGCCCCUAAAGCCAGUUUGGAUGCCAAAGGGGAAAACGACCCCGAAGAUGCAUCCCUGAGGCAGCCUCAGGCUCACAUCCAGCCCCAAGGAGCGCCGGGCAGUGGGGCCGACCAGGAGCGGGUCAUGUUGGGAGAGGAUGCGGCGGAUGCCAGCAUGGGGAUGAUGGAGCCGAAGGGGGAUGCUCUGGUCCAGGAUGGGAAAGGGAUAACAGAAGGAUCCAUAGAGGAGACCCUGGAGCUGUACGAUGGGAGUGUGAACCCCGCUGUAGCAUCAGCCCCACACUGCCCUCCCCACCCCAGUGACAGCGUUGGGGAGCAAGGAGGGGACCCGGAGCACAAAGAGCAGCUCCCAAAGCCUGAGGUUGAUUCGAUGGAGGGAGGAGAGAGCCCGGAGACCAGGAGAGCAGCGCCCAGGAGGGGCAGCAGGAUCCCGGCCAGCAAAGUGACACCGAAGAGGCACCGAGAGCCCCCCAAGAAACCAGUUGAGGAUGCAGAGAGGGGCCCCAUGGAUCUGCCCCUUCCCGGCUCCCCCCGCCUGGGUCCUGCACCCCGGAUAGGCCCCUUGGGUGGCAGCUCAGCGCUGCAGGACUUGCCAGCUCUCCCCAAAGGGUCCUACCAGUUCGACCCCAAUCACUUUGAGGCAAUGGAUCCGUUGAAGCCCACCAAGACCCUCGGCAGCUCCACCACCGACUCCUGCCCUGCUGCUGACAACAGCCUCAAUGAGAUCCUGGAGUCUCAGGCGCUGGAGGUGCAGGAUGAGCCCGGCAGAGGCAGCGGCUCCCCCAAGAAGCCCAAGUCCCGCCUGAUAACGACCACUGAACAAGUGAAAUUUCUCUGUUUUCUGUUGAGCGGCUGCAAGGUGAAGCCAUACGAGGCACAGCCCCUGGUCCUGGAUGCUGGCGCUCAGGAUGAAGCAGCGCUGAUCCCAGAAAUCCCAGAUAUUGCCAAUCGGGAUGGACGAGCCACUGAUGAGGAGAAGCUGGCCUGCACCACGGCACAGAAACCUGGGCUGGAGAAGAAGCCUGAGCCCGAAGAUGACCUCGAGUACUUUGAGUGCUCCAACGUCCCUGUGCCGGCCGGGAAGCACGGCACGGAGCCAGGCCCUGAAAAGGAGAUCUCCAAGCAGGUGGAAAAGGACAUCUUCCCUGGCAAUCCCGGGCUGUGCUCCAUGGACAAGUCCCCCUCAGCCACCACCAGGAGCGAGAGUCCCUUGGCCAGCAUCUGCCUCAGUGAAUGCGAGAAGACGGCCGUGCUCACGCUCAUCCGAGAGGAGAUAAUCACAAAGGAGAUCGAGGCAAGCGAGUGGAAGAAGAAGUACGAAGAGAGCCGCCAGGAAGUGCUGGAGAUGCGGAAAAUCGUGGCUGAGUAUGAGAAGACCAUUGCCCAGAUGAUAGAGGACGAGCAGAGGACGAACAUGACGUCCCAGAAGAACCUGCAGCAGCUCACCCUGGAGAAGGAGCAGGCGCUGGCGGACCUGAACUCGGUGGAGAGGUCCCUAUCGGAUCUCUUUAGGAGAUACGAGAACCUGAAGGGCGUCCUGGAAGGCUUCAAGAAGAAUGAAGAAGCUCUGAAGAAGUGUGCUCAAGAUUAUUUAACCCGGGUCAAGCAGGAGGAGCAGCGGUACCAAGCCCUGAAAGUCCAUGCGGAGGAGAAGCUGGACAAAGCCAACGAGGAGAUCGCCCAAGUGCGGGCCAAGGCCAAGGCAGAGAGCACGGCGCUGCACGCGGGGCUGCGCAAGGAGCAGAUGAAGGUUGAGUCCUUGGAGAGAGCCCUGCAACAGAAGAACCAGGAGAUUGAGGAGCUGACCAAGAUCUGCGAUGAGCUGAUAGCGAAGCUGGGCAAGACGGACUGAGUCCCACCACCCCUCGCCCAGCACUCUGCACUUGGCCGCUUUCCUCCUAACGUGCAGCACUUUGCCUUACCCCAGGACCCCGGCACAGAGCACAGCAUCCUGCUGCCUGCUCCCUGCAUCCCAGGGCUCCGGGACCACGAUCCCUGCAGUCAGGCUGCGUGUCCCUCUGCGCCGAUGCCACCUCUCAAGUGGGAGGUGGGAUCCCCCCCCCCUACCCCAGACCCUGUGUCC